UGAGCUGCGGGAGCUCCGCCCCUCUCCCGGCGGGUUCAGCAGCAGCAGCAGCAGCAGGAUGUACCGCACCGUGCGGAGCCUCCAGCGCCUCAACAGCAGCCUGCUCUCCCCGCAGCAGCGCUGCCCCGCACUGCGCCUCCCCGCCCGGACCCCGCACUGCCCCGGCCUCGCCCAGCAGUACGCCCGCAGCAUGGCCGGCUCUGAGUCGUACAGGAUUGAGCGGGACACGUUCGGGGAGCUGAAAGUCCCGAGUGAUAAAUAUUACGGAGCUCAAACCGUCAGAUCAACCAUGAACUUCAGGAUCGGAGGAGCGACGGAGAGAAUGCCGAUCCAGGUGAUUAAGGCGUUUGGGAUUCUGAAGAGAGCGGCGGCGGAGGUGAAUCAGGAUUACGGUCUCGACCCAAAGAUCGCUGAGGCCAUUGUGAAAGCUGCAGAUGAGGUAACGGCUGGGAAGCUGGAUGAUCACUUCCCCCUGGUGGUCUGGCAGACGGGUUCUGGGACUCAGACCAACAUGAACGUGAACGAGGUGAUCAGUAACAGAGCCAUCGAGAUCCUGGGAGGAAAACUGGGGAGUAAAGAUCCCGUCCACCCCAACGACCACGUCAACAAGAGCCAGAGCUCUAACGACACGUUUCCCACGGCGAUGCACAUCGCUGCAGCUAAAGAAGUGCACGAGGUCCUGCUGCCCGGCCUGCAGGAGCUGCACGACGCUCUCGCCGCCAAAUCAGAGGAGUUUAAACACAUCAUCAAAAUCGGCCGAACUCACACCCAGGACGCUGUGCCCCUGUCCCUCGGUCAGGAGUUUGGAGGGUAUGUGCAGCAGGUGAAGUACAGUAUUGAGAGGGUGAAGGCGGCGAUGCCCAGGGUGUAUGAGCUGGCAGCAGGGGGCACUGCAGUCGGCACCGGACUCAACACUCGCAUCGGAUUCGCUGAGAAAGUAGCUGACCGGGUCUCAGCACUCACCGGUCUGCCGUUUGUGACGGCGGUGAAUAAGUUCGAGGCUCUGGCGGCUCAUGACGCUCUGGUGGAGCUGAGUGGAGCUCUGAACACUGUGGCCGUCAGCUUGAUGAAGAUCGCUAAUGAUAUUCGCUUCCUGGGUUCCGGCCCGCGGUCCGGCCUGGGGGAGCUGAUCCUGCCUGAGAACGAGCCGGGGUCCAGCAUCAUGCCUGGUAAAGUGAACCCGACUCAGUGUGAGGCGAUGACGAUGGUGGCCGCUCAGGUGAUGGGGAAUAACGUAGCCGUAACGGUCGGCGGCAGCAACGGACACUUCGAGCUCAACGUCUUCAAACCGAUGAUUAUUAAGAAUGUGUUAAACUCUGCUCGGUUGCUCGGCGACGCCUCUGUUUCCUUCACUAAAAACUGUGUUUUGGGAAUCGAGGCGAACACAGAGCGGAUCAACAAACUGAUGAACGAGUCUCUGAUGCUCGUCACCGCCCUCAACCCUCACAUAGGUUAUGAUAAAGCUGCUACGAUUGCGAAGACGGCUCAUAAAGAAGGUUCUACACUAAAAGCCACGGCGGUUAAACUGGGCUUCCUGACGGAGGAACAGUUCGAUCAGUGGGUUCGUCCGCAGGAGAUGCUCGGACCCAAGUGAUCAGAAAACUGUGGAAAAACGUAAAUUAAUAAUAUCUUUGUUCAAUAAAACACAGUAUUUGUGGAAA